AUGAAGUCUAUCGGCAUCUUUCCGGGCUCGGGUGGUUUGGGCGGCAGUACCUACGAGUACCUGCGCAAGCUCCUCCCUAAUGAUCAAAUCAUCCUCAUCAACCGAUACCCAGAAAAGAUCCCGCAAGAGCAUCUCGAACACGGAGUCAGAGUGCGCAAGGCCUCGUACGAGUCAAGCCCCUCCGAUCUAGAAGCCGCGUUUGCAGGCAUCGAGGUCCUCUUCCUCAUCUCCUAUCCAAGCCAUGUGCACGAUUACCGAAGAAAGGUGCAACUACCCGCCAUAGACGCAGCGCGCCGCGCCGGUAUCAAGCACAUCUUCUACAGCUCCCUGGCCUUCGGCGGCGACUACCAGGACACCUCAAUAGCGGAGGUGAUGCAAGCCCACCUCGACUCCGAGCGCCACCUGACAGAAGCAGCCGCCUCCGACCCCAGCUUCACCUUCACCUCCAUACGCGAGGGGCUCUACUCAGAAUCGUACCCGAUCUACACGGCCUUCUUCGACAUCAACGCGCCGGCGGACGAGAUCCUCAUACCCCACGACGGCUCCGGGCCCGGCGUCGCGUGGGUCAAGCGCAACGAGCUCGGGGAGGCGACGGCGCGGCUCAUCGCGAACUACUCGUGGGACCCGGACCAGUUUGCCUACGUCAACAAGAAGAUCCUGCUCACCGGCUCGAGGGAGUGGUCGCUGGAGGAGACGGUGCAGGUUCUGGGCCAAGUCGCCGGCAAGGACGUUCGCAUUCGCCAGGUUGAUGUUGAUGAGUACGUCAAGCUGCCGCAGGUCGUCGCGCGCUUCGGAUCGCAGGAGAAGGCAAGGACGUGGGCGACCGCUUGGGAUGCUAUUCGGGCGGGAGAGACAGCCGUGGUGACGAGUCAUAUGAAGGACAUUAUCGGGCGGGAACCUGAAGCGUUUGAUGUGACUAUCGCACAGUUGAGACAGUCAUGA